AAAAAUUCAAAAAGUCUGAUGUUCUUUAAUUCAUUUUAAAUUAUAAAAAAUGUCUGUAUUUGUUCAGAUAAAUUGCCACCUUCUCGAUCCGGGAGUUGUUUCGAAACUUGAUUCACUGAAACACAGAAAACUUUAUCAUGAUGUAGUCGGUCUAGUUUUGGAACCAUUAAAGGAAAGCCAACCCACUCAAUCGUUGGAACCGAAUUCAUUGCAAGAUAAUCUAACUCGAAUAGGUGUUUUGUAUGAAAUAUGCUACGGAUCGCUUCAUACCGGUGAAUGGCACGCUGUCCCCGUGGAGGAACGGGAUAGUUUUACCUUGUUAAGCUAUUUAAGGAUUCUGUACAUGCUUCUGAUUCGUAAAGAAUCAGACGACUGCAUUCGAGAUGCAAUUUACUUGGCUGAUAUCGGUCUUAUGUUGGGAUCAAGAAUAAUUCUUAAAGAUGCGGGGACGGAUGCUGAUCUUUUGAGUACUGUUGCGAAAGUGCUUUCAUCCCAAAAAGGCGUAAAUGAACAAGAACCAGCUUUGAAAAAACUGAAAGUUGAUGUAGAAGUGCAAUCUGAUAAAACGUGCGAAGUACCCGUUCUGCAAAAACCAACAUUAGAAUACUUUGGUAAUUUUCACUAUGACAAAUCUGAACCUGCAAUACUCGAAGGUGUCAUAGAUGAUUGGCCAGCAAUGAAGAAAUGGCAUGAUCCGAACUACCUUAUUGGUCUAGCCGGUGAACGCAGUGUUCCAGUUGAAUUUGGGUCACAGUACAGUAACGAUGAUUGGUCCCAGCGUUUAGUUCGAUUUAAAGAUUUCAUAGUAGAUAAUUUAAUAGUCUGUGAUGAUACAGAAAAAGCCAGUGGAAGCUUGCGAGGUGAAAAAUCACCAGCAUAUUUGGCUCAGCAUGAACUGUUCGAUCAAAUACCUGAACUUAGGGAGGACAUCGCCAUACCGGACUAUAUCGGGCGAACGGAUAUCAAUCCCCGAAUCAAAGCUUGGCUCGGACCAAAAGGAACCAUUUCUCCGCUGCACACAGAUCCAGGACACAAUUUACUUUGUCAAGUUUUUGGCAGCAAAACAAUAAUCCUAGCUAGUCCAACGGAAACACCAAAUCUAUAUCCACACGAGCAUUUCAUCUUGAACAACACGUCACAGGUUGAUGCUGCUAACGUAGACUACGAUCGGUUCCCCCGGGCUCGCGAUGUUCGAUUUCGGCGACUUACGCUGCACCGUGGACAGGUUUUGUACAUCCCACCUGGCUGGUGGCACUAUGUAGAGUCCCUUUCCUGUAGUUUUUCUGUGAGUUUUUGGUUUGAUUGAAA